UAAAAUAUUAUCAGUCAAAAUUUUCUAUCGUCGAUAACCGGAAAUUCUGAAUCUGUCUUUCCUCCCUCAAUCUACUGAGUGUGAAGUACGCUAAUCAUAUAGCGUUGAAAUAAAUUAACAUGCCUAGAGAAAUUAAGGAAGUUAAGGACUUUCUCAACAAAGCACGUCGUACCGAUGCACGUGCAGUAAAAAUAAAAAAAAACCCAACUAACACGAAAUUUAAGAUCCGCUGCUCUCGUUUCCUGUAUACCCUUGUUGUGCAGGACAAAGAAAAAGCUGACAAAAUAAAGCAGUCGUUACCACCAGGACUGCAAGUUAAAGAAGUCAAGUAAAUAAACUAGCUUAUUGUAGUUUAUGCCGCCAACAUUAUGGAAGCGCCUGUUUCGGGUCGAGAAUAAUAGCCAACUAAAAUUUGUAUGAAAUGAUUCAAAUGAAAUAAAUUGAAGUUGCUAAAAUUA